AACCAGUGGUUGGAUUGAUGAAGCAAGUGAUGAUGCCACCUGGCCAUCACUUGGUCAGACCAAACAGAAAUAAGAGCGGCAACAGAGCAGAACAGAGCACAGGAAGCAGAGCUCCGAGCUGUUGGUGGCAAUGGCUAGCACCUGGGUGAAGCUUGAGCAGAAGGGAGCUGGCCCGGGAGCACGAAGCUCCCACGCCAUCACCCUCGUCGGCGACACGGCCUACGCGUUCGGCGGCGAGUUCACCCCGCGCGUGCCCGUGGACAACACCAUGUACGCCUUCGACCUCAAGACCCAGACGUGGUCCGCGCUCGACGCCACGGGCGACGUUCCCCCGCCGCGCGUCGGCGUGACCAUGGCGACCAUCGGUGGCACGGUCUUCAUGUUCGGCGGCCGCGACCAGGAGCACAAGGAGUUAAACGAGCUCUACUCCUUCAACACGGCGACUGGCACGUGGUCGCUGAUGUCCUCCGGCGCCGAGGGCCCGCCGCACCGAAGCUACCACUCCAUGGUGACCGACGCGGAGGGCGGCUGGGUGUAUGUGUUUGGAGGGUGCGGCGACGCCGGCCGGCUGAACGACCUGUGGGCCUACGACGUCGCAGGCGGGCGCUGGGAGGAGCUGCCGUCGCCGGGUGAGGCAUGCCGGCCCCGAGGCGGCCCAGGGCUGGCCGUCGCCGGUGGGAAGGUGUGGGUGGUGUACGGUUUCGGUGGGGAGGAGCUCGACGACGUGCACUGCUACGACCCGGCCACGGAUCAGUGGGCCACGGUGGAGACCGGCGGCGACAAGCCGAGCCCCCGGAGCGUGUUCUGCGCCACCGGGGUCGGGAGGCACGUGUUGGUGUUCGGCGGCGAGGUGGACCCCAGCGACCUCGGCCACCUCGGCGCUGGCAAGUUCUCGGCCGAGGCGUUCGCGCUGGACACGGAGACCGGCGCGUGGACAAGGCUGGACGACGCCUCCGACGCCGAGCACCACCCGGGGCCUCGCGGGUGGUGCGCGUUCGCGGCGGGGGAGAUGAACGGGCGGCGGGGGCUGCUGGUGUACGGCGGCAACUCGCCGACGAACGACCGGCUCGGCGACAUCUACUUCUUCGCCCCCGUUCUUGAGGCAGGGAGCUAGGCAUAGAGUGGGCCAGUGGCCAGUGGCUAGCAUGCUCUGUACGCUGUAUGUAUGUGCAAGUCUUUCAGUGACAUUUGCAGGCUUGUUUCUGUGAUGAUCUUUGUGUGGUUGUUGAUUCUCUGGUUUUAUUUUCGGUUCAUUUAUGCUUUAUGUUGUGUGAUUGGAGAAUAAUGGUGACUGAUGUAUUUCUGUUUCGCCUUGUAUCUGAUACAUUUCUGUUUUUUA